CUGAUUGAAAUUUUCAAAGUCGAAAAAGUCAAAGACCCUUGCCCGCUGCCUGAGGACUCCGAAGACGAAGCAGAAGCAGCAGCAGCAGCAGCAGCAGCAGCAGCAGCAAACGAGUCCGAAGAAGCCACAGAACUGAAGUCCAAAAAGAAAAAAAAAAGAAAUAUUUUAAAACAAAAUCAAAAAUGCAUUUUCGCUCCUUACUCGCAAAUUGAGGGAUUUCAAAUGGACCACGACGAGUUGUACAUACACCUGCCGGACACCAAGGUUGGCUUCACCCCUCGCUCCCAACUCAUAAAAGACCGCCAAAGCAGCAGCAGCAGCAGCAGCAGCAGCAGCAGCAGCGAGAGCGACAGCGACGGAGACAGCAGCGGCAGCGAAGGAGACAGCAGCAGCAGCAGCAGCAGCAGCAGCAGCAGCAGCAGCAGCGAGGAUGAAGAAGAGGAAGCAGGAGAAGCAAUAAGAAUGGUGCGGGAGCUGCAGGGGGCGCAGCAGCAGCUGCAGCAGCAGCUGCAGCAGCAGCAGCUGCAGCUGCUGCAGUCCUCCACGCGCUACCUCGACAACUCGGGGCCCCCGACAGCAGCAGCAGCAGCAGCAGCAGCAGCAGCAGCAGCAGCAGCAGCAGCAGCAGCUGACAGCAGCGGGGCCUCAGAUUUGGAGGAAAUGGAAGAAGAAAUUCAAAAUAAAAAAGGAGACAAAAGAAGAGACGAAGCAGCAAAUUCCGAUGAGGAAACCCCCGCUGCAGCAGCAGCAGCAGCAGCAGCAGCAGCAGCAGCAGCAGCAGCAGCGCCUGGAGACAAAAUAAUCCACCAUUUGAAUGCAAAUGCAUCCCAAAGUGUCUCCUUAGCAGACCUGGUCUACGGCACUCCAAAUAGAGCCACAGGGGGGCCCCCAGGGGGCCCCCCAAGGGGCCCCCCGGGGGGCCCCCCGAAGGGUACAGGGGGCCCCCCGGGGGCCCCCGGCAGCAGCAAAGCCAGCAGCAGCAAAAUGUCUCUUUUCGAGGACUCGGACGAAGACAGUACCUGCGGGUCUGAGGGGGACGAGGGGCCCCUUGGGGGCCCCCCAGGGGCCCCCGGGGGCCCCACAGUUGUAUGGGAACUUGGGGGCCCCCUGUAG